CAUAUCGCCUGGAAAACAGUGUCGUUAAGAAAAAUAAUUUAUUCAACCGUAAGCCAAAACCAAUUUCCAGUUUCUUCUUUUUCUUUGAUUUCUCUUACUUUGGUGUAACAAUGGCGAAUACUGAGUUGAAAUCUGAUAAUCUGUUUGAGAUGAUGAAGGGUCACUUGGCUAGUGAUGCUGGUAAAGAGCUCACCAAGAAGAUCGGCCUCGUUUACCAAAUCAAUAUUGCCCCCAAGAAAAUCGGGAUUGAUGAGGUUUCUUACGUUGUUGAUCUCAAGAAAGGAGAAGUUACCAAAGGUAAAUAUGAAGGGGGAAAGCCUGAUGCUAUUUUUUCCUUCAAGGACGAUGAUUUCAUAAAGGUCGCCACCGGAAAGAUGAAUCCCCAGAUGGCUUUUAUGAGGGGUGCAAUGAAGAUUAAAGGGAGCUUGAGUGCAGCUCAGAAAUUCACUCCUGACAUUUUCCCAAAGCCUGCAAAGAUGUGAGCAGAGAUGCUAAUAUGUUAUGUAUUUGUUCUCUGUCCACUUGCCAGAGUCUGAAUAUUAUAAAAUGAAGCCAUCUGCUGUUCUCUCAACUGUUUCCUUUCAUAGUAGACUUCACUUGAUCACCGCCUUAUAUACUAGAUUACUAGAUAGCAAGGAAUAUAAUCAUAAGGAUUCGGACUAUCGAACGACUUCAAUAUGUUCCCUUUUUUUUCCAAGUAAAUCUAUAUGCUUUGUUGGAUCCACUGUUACCAUUUUUCUCAGGCCACUAUAUGUGAUCAUAUGCUGCUUUUGUUUUUCAUGCUUA